UGUUAGACAGACGCACUUGUUUUCCAGGCGGUCAUGGCGCUUGUAAUGCAUGUCUGUGCGUUAGUGGUGAGGGUUCUUACCCUCCCACUGCAAAUAUUGGAGGCAGUUGGAUUAUUCAAAUUCUACAAGCGCAUCUUCCCCGUUGUCAUGUUUAAGUUUACUGUGUCAUACAACGCUAAAAUGAAGGAGAAGAAGCGGGAGUUGUUCCGCAGUUUGACUCAGUUCAGUCCUGAACACGGGCCGCUACGUCUGCUGGAGGUGGGCUGUGGGAGCGGAGCAAACUUUGAGAAUUAUCCUCCUGGCUGCAGGAUCAUCUGCACCGACCCCAACCCGCAUUUCCAGCAGUAUCUUCAGAAGAGCAUGCAAACCAGCGACCAUUUAGUGUACGACAGCUUCGUGGUGGCUUCUGGUGAAGAUUUAAGUUCUGUCGGGGAAAACUCAGUAGACGUGGUAGUUUGUACCCUGGUGCUGUGCUCGGUUAGUAACACAGCCAAAGUGCUGCAGGAGGUCAAGAGAGUGCUGAGACCGGGUGGGGCAUUCUUCUUUUUGGAGCAUGUGGUUGCUGAUUCCUCAAGCUGGACGUACUUCUUUCAGCAUGUUCUUCAGCCUUUUUGGUACUAUUUUGGGGAUGGAUGUGAGGUUACCCGUGCUACCUGGAAGCACCUUGAGGAUGCCGGUUUUUCUGAGUUGCAACUCAGCCACAUCCAGACACCAUUGUUUUUUAUCCUAAGGCCACACAUAAUGGGAUAUGCUGUAAAAUAAUGCCAGCUCACUGUCUGGCACAUGGCACGAUCUUUGAAUACCAGUUAUUUUCUCUACAAUGAUUUUAAGUAGACUUGCCUUGACUUAAUUGCAUCUUCUUUAAAUGAUGUUAAAAAUGACGUUUACUAAUUGCUGCAUCAUGGAUGGAGGUGCCUGUGUAACUGGAAUUAAUUUUCAUACAAGAUUUUACAGAUUUUACUAAACCCUCUGUAAUACAUGAUUUAUAAAAGUUUAAAAAUGAAUAAAAUGCAAAUUUCUACAUAAGGAACAUGUGCCAGUGUUUACAUAAAUAAAUAGAAUACUGCCAUCUA